UUUUCUAGAGAAAAAUGUUUUAAAAUCUCUUCUUGGUAUACUUGAAAUCAAAACUGAUUUCAGUUGCCUGCUGGUAGUUCAGGUCUAGAUAUCAGUACAUUGUAACAUCUUUGCAACUGUGGAUUCAGAGUGAAAAUUGCCCUGAAUUUUUGCUAUGGGUUCUUGAGAUUAAAGAGUUUCCUGUGCUGAGCUGCCUAGGUGAGAGGGGCUGUGGUGGCUGGAGGGGUUAAAGCUGGAGCCACUGGUGCAUAUAUUUUAGGGAGGAUUCAUAAAAACACGACAGUGGAGUCUGGGUCAAUCCAUUACUGUGAAUGAGCAGUGGCCAAUAGAAGGGGAACAGAAAGAUCCAAGAAGGCUGAGCAAACGUCAGACCCAGACACAGGACUCAACGGUAUAUUCCUGGACAGCGAGGUACUAUAAUGGCAACUGCAAUCUGUUUCAUCAUUGGCAUUUUAUUCAUAGCAGACACUGUAUGGACUCGAAGUGUGAGACAGGUCUAUGAGCUAAAUGAGCUAGAGGAUUGGACUGUGCAUGACUUUGAUUGUCCCAGGGAAUGUUUCUGUCCCCCUAGUUUCCCUACUGCUUUAUACUGUGAAAACCGAGGGCUCAAAGAAAUCCCUGCAAUUCCUUCAAGGAUCUGGUAUCUUUAUCUUGAAAACAACCUGAUAGAAACAAUUCCUGAGAAGCCAUUCGAGAAUGCCACCCAGCUGAGAUGGAUAAAUCUAAACAAAAAUAAAAUAACCAACUAUGGAAUUGAAAAAGGUGCCCUGAGCCAACUCAAGAAGUUGCUUUUCUUAUUUCUGGAAGAUAACGAACUAGACGAGGUACCUUCUCCAUUGCCAAGAAGUUUAGAACAAUUACAAUUAGCUAGAAACAAAGUAUCCAGAAUUCCUCAAGGGACCUUCAGCAAUCUGGAGAACCUGACCCUUCUUGACCUGCAGCACAAUAAACUUCUAGACAAUGCCUUUCAAAGAGACACCUUUAAGGGACUCAAGAACCUAAUGCAGCUAAAUAUGGCCAAGAAUGCCCUGAGAAAUAUGCCACCGAGAUUACCAGCCAAUACAAUGCAACUAUUUUUAGAUAACAAUUCCAUUGAAGGAAUACCAGAAAAUUAUUUUAAUGUGAUUCCUAAAGUGGCCUUCCUGAGACUAAACCACAACAAAUUAUCAGAUGCAGGUCUCCCACCAAAUGGGUUUGAUGUAUCAUCAAUUCUAGAUCUUCAGCUCUCUCACAAUCAACUCACAAAGGUCCCCCGAAUCAGCUCUCAUCUGCAGCACCUUCACCUUGAUCAUAACAGAAUUAAAAAUGUGAACGUCUCUGUAAUAUGCCCUACCCACACCAUGCUUCCUGCAGAACAAGAUUCCUUCAGCUAUGGACCGCAUCUUCGCUACCUCCGUCUGGAUGGAAAUGAAAUCAAACCACCAAUCCCAAUGGAUUUAAUGACCUGCUUUAGGCUCCUUCAGGCUGUCAUUAUUUAAACACAUCCCAACAAUCUAAAAUGGGUCAAUGAGUUAAUGCGUCUGACAUGAAAUUUGGUUACCAUUCAUAGGCUUGAAGACAAAUGUCUCAUUUCCAAUUGCUCUUGGCCACCAUUGUCAUUUGUGUAGUUUAUUUUUUCUAUUCAAAGAUGCUUUCACUAAUGAUAUGUAGCAAAGCUGGCUUUUCUUUAAUUAAUAAGACAGACACAGAGUUAAGAUAGUUUAUCAACUCAAAGACAGUUUUUCUUUGUCUUUUUCACAGCUUACUAAUACCAAACAAUGCAGUUGUAUUGUUAUGCAAUAAAAAGAACAUAUUUGUUUGCAAAUGCUUAACAUUGUUUAUGCAGAUGAUAGAUUUACAGUAUAAAUACAGUAAUCUAACAGGAGGUAGGAAGGUCUGAAGAAAAUGAAAAUUUAUAUGAGAUAUACCUUUAUUAUAAUUAUAAGGAAAUAAUUAAAUUCAGAUUGCAAAGUAGCUUUUGUAGGCAUAAGUUUGGUAUUUAGCUCGAGAAUGGGUAUGAAGUGCAUCAAAUACUUUAUAACAGAAUUCUAGUCAUUUAAUACCAAAUAACAAUCAACAGUCACAUUAGUACACCACUAUUUCCUAUAGCUGCCAUUCUUAGAUAUAGUACAAUGUUGUCUAGCGAUAACUCAUUUAUUAUAAAACAUUUCUGAAAGAAUGUUAGUGUGUCCAUAUGAAAUCCACUUGAGAUGCAACUUGUUCAGUUCUUAUGUUUGCCAGUGUUCUUUGGAUUUUUAAAUAAAAAGUGAAGACUUUCUAACAAAACAGAAGUAAAACUUUUAUUUCAGGGAUUUUAUUAAGAACAUAUUUUAACAAAAAGUGUUAUAGUAACCAUAAUUUCCAUUUUUCUAGCAUGAAUAUAUGCAAAUAUGCUCUUCUUUUUCUUCUAGUAAACAUAAUUUGAAAAUAUAUACUCUAAUCACUUAAGAUAGUAUGUCUAUUUCUCAUGAAUUAAAGUAAUAACCUAGGAUUUCAUAAACAAAGUAUACUUUACUUUAGACUUCUGAUUUCAUAAGUAAUGUUAUAAAUAAUAAAAACUCCAUAGAGAUUA